GUGUCGAUAUGUCUACGAUGGAAGCGACUAUGUACUACAAUCACAAAAAAUCAAAGUGACACGAUGCCACAAUAACGGUCCGAGGGGAAGGCAAAGAUAAGGAUUUGAAAUGGCUGUGGGCAACAACAAAGCCCAGUUGAAGUUUCCACAAUGGACAAUCGCAACACUUUGCACCAUUGCUUUCUUUGGAAUGAAUAUCGCCGUAGCAGGAGCGAAGAAGAAGUUCCGACGCGAUGAAUUGCCUUUGAAGAAGAACGAACAGGGACAGGAUUUCCCCGUCCAAGUCCUUACCGGUAGAAGCGGUGUAGACGAAAACAAGAGCGAAAUGAUACGAGAUAUAGCUGGAAACGAGUACGAUCUUUCUCGCCUGAAGCCAUUCGUUGGUCUUUUUUCCGACAACACCUUUGUACCAUCAGAUGACAAUACAAAGAUUGUCGACAAGCGAACCGGAGAAGUGAUCAAGAUCUCGAUUUACCGGGCUGAAUACGAAGAUGGAAGCACAAUUCUUGUUGAGAAAGAUGAGCAAGACAACAUUGCGUACGUUGAAGUACGGCGCCCAGCUGAGGAUCCUGAUACAUUCCUGGUUCCAAAUGAAGAAGAGUUGUUGGAUGGCGAAGUCACAUCUGAGUUUCUUUCCUUCACUAGUGACGAUAUUGACUAUGAGCUGCUUCAAUCAAGGUACAGAUACGGUGACGUGAGCACCCCAGGAGACACUGAUGCCAACCGAGACCGAGAUCUGACUAUGCAAGGGAGUUCCGGCGAAUAUCCUUUCCAAUAUUUGGACUAUCGUCAGGGUCGCACCGAGUUCACUACAAGCAGUUUCUCUUCGUUCAGUUUCUGCGCAUCUUACACGGUUGUCAACCUGGCUAUUGUUUACGAUGGCGACUUUUGCAGCAUUCACGGUGGGUUUGAAGACACACGUCGUCGCAUCAUGACUAUUGUAGCUUCCGCAUCCUUCCAUUACGAGAGAGAUAUGUGCGUCCAACUGAAGCUGACUGACAUUGCUACACCUGAAGUUGCAUGCUCCCCUCAUUCUAGUGUCUUUGAAGACUACGAUCGGGAGGAUUCCUGUGGCAGCGACAGCUCGUUUCUUACCCAGUUCUCCAAUCUGAUGAGGGACAGCCGCGACUCACUUCAAUUCGAUCCCGAUGCAACCGUGCACAUGUUUACAGGGCACAGUCCUCCAGAUGGCACAAUUGGUUGUGCCUUUGUGGGUUCCUUUUGCAACAGUGAUUACGGAUACGGUGUAGAGUACAUGUCGUUUUCCUCUAAUCCCUACUCUCAAGGCGUUGUCCUUGCACACGAAAUCGGCCACGUCUUGAACGCUCCACAUUUGGAAUUUCCAUUCUUUUACAAUCAUAUCAUGGAGCCCAACAUAAACAACGCUGCAGACGGAUUCAACCGAUGGUCAAUCAUUCGAAUUCUCUCAUUCUUGAACUCUAACGGCAUGGCUUGUGUAGGGUCUGCUCCGGCCGUGGAUUUUGUACCGGCAACACCAACUGCUCCAAAUCUGAAUCCAAGCCCAAGGCCACCGACGCUACGACCCUCGGCUGCACCGAGCCAAGUGCCAUCUCCCCUUCCAACUUCGAGCCCAACAGGCCAGCCUACAAAACCACCGGACGAUGGCAAGUGCAGACUUGUUGGAGCUAAGCCCGAAUCAUCCCCAUGCAUUUACACCUCAACGGGCAGCAGCCAAUAUGCAUGCUUUCAGGCUUCCUCGCUGUUGGCGGCCACAGCUUCGCCCUCGUGCCGCUUUGAAUCCCCAAGAAUUAGAAUUCUACGAUGCGCUGGCCCCCUUCAAUCAGGGUUUUUCUUUGGGUCCUCAAGAAUGCGGACUCGGUCGUGCAGUGCCAGCUGCGUCGUGAUGUCGAAGUCUCUCUGUUUCCUUGCUAGCGAAAAAGAGCAAGUCUACAGUGUGUCAUUCUUUGCAGUGGCAGACUUUGACAUGGUCAAGAGGUUCACCACAGAGGUGGAAGUGAAGAACAAUGAUGCAACAGGAUCAUGUGAGACUGCAGUUACAUCGUGUUCAGCUUAAUUACACCCGCUUAAUUAAUUAAACACGCUGACAGGCUGGCUCCACCAAUGCCUCAGCCUGCCCUGCUGUGAUGGUG